UCCCCAUUCCCGCGCGUGACGUCACCUUCUUCGUCCCCCGUGUGUAUGACGUCACGCUGCGCGAUGGCUGACGAGGCCUACGAGUCGGUGCUGUGCGUCAAGGCGGAGGUCCUCGUCUACAGAAUCCCGCCCAGAGCCUCCAACAGGGGCUACAGGGCUGCGGACUGGAAGCUGGAGCAGCCAGACUGGACGGGGCGCAUGAGGAUCACAGCCAAGGGCAAAGCCGCGUUCGUCAAACUGGAGGACAAAUCGUCUGGAGAGUUGUUUGCCCAGGCUCCUGUGGACGCCUACCCUGGUCUCACCGUGGAGAGCGUGAAGGACUCCAGCCGCUACUUCGUGCUCAGGAUUCAGGAUGGGGGAGCAGGCCGCAGUGCCUUCAUUGGGAUCGGCUUCGCUGACCGCGGCGACGCCUUCGACUUCAGCGUCGCUCUGCAAGACCACUUCAAGUGAGUCUCGCCCUGGACCCUUUCACCACGGCGGGCACGCAUCUUCCGCGGGCUCCGCCGGUAA